UUUUUAAAUUUUUCAAAAAUCGUUAAGCCCAAAUAAAUUACAAUAAAAAUUUGUAAUGCGUUCUACUUCUUAAAAAUAAGUGGAGAGGCCUGACCUUCCUUGAAAAAUAAGUUUAAAAUUAAAGUGAUUCUCAAUUAUAAAACUUGUUCCUGGAUACUACAUUAAAGACAGGUUUUUAAAAAUCUUCAGGAUUCCCCAAGUUGAGUAAUAAUAUGAAAAAAUAUGUGCAGCUAUUAGGAGACCGGUACUCACAAAAAAAUCCUGAGUAAAUGAAGUCUUGCAGGUUUUUAUUUUUCCUUUCACUUGGCAGAGUGAGGAGUACUUCACUCUGUGAUUGGGUUUUCCUCAUUUCUGUGCGUACAACUAUAUAAAGCUAAAGUGAUAAAGAACUUCCAAGAAAUUGACCCACGAAAAACUAAAUAUAGUGAUAAUAUUUAUAUAUCAUAUUUUUCACUUGUUUCAUACAUUAUUUUAUAUAAAUCAAAUAAAAAUUAUGCAUCAUUAUUUUCACUAUGUAUAAUGGUUCCGCCUGUGGGGAUUUAAAAUAAAGUGUCAAAAAAGAAAAGGUCAAAAGCUAUAAUUAGAUAAAUCUAGAGAUUCAGAUUUAUCUUGUGAAUAUUAUAAUACUGAAUCAUUAAGAAUGCUACGUUUUGUGAUAGUAUUGAUUUGGUUUAUUUCCCUGAAUUAUGCACAUGCAGAAUAUUGCUUUACUCCCUUGGAAAGAUUAGGAAGAUGUAUCAACAUAAAAAAAUGUGAUUCAUUGAUUGCAAUUUUGAGACGAGGAAAACCAAUCCCAGAACUAUCUGUUGAUUUAUUGCGAAAAUCAUAUUGUGGUAAUGAAGGAAAAGAUCCUAAAGUAUGCUGCGAACAAGAGAGCCUUAAUACAGAUAGACCGACUUCAAUUACUACAGAAGAAAAAAAUACAGAAGAACUAUCAGAUAUACCAGAACCACCAGAUGUGUCUAAUCAUCCGAAUUUGAGAUUAUUGGAUCAUGAAUCAUGUGGACCAGUUGUUCAAUCCAAAAUUUUUGGAGGCAAAAGAACAGGUGUUUUGGAUUUUCCCUGGAUGGCUUUGAUUUCAUACAAAACUUCUCGAUCCCCAGAACCAGAAUUUCGAUGUGGAGGUACAAUAAUCAACAAACGAUAUAUUCUUACUGCGGCUCAUUGUGUAACUGGCGAUAGUGUAAAUUUGCAUGGGGUAAGAGUAGGCGAUCAUGAUACCAGUAAAGAGCUUGACUGUGAUAAAGAUAAAGAUGGUAAUAAUAUAGUCUGUGCCGAGAAGUAUCAAGAAUUUGGAAUUGAAACUAGCAUCUAUCAUCCACAAUACUCAAGGCAAAACCUGCAUGACGAUAUCGCUUUGUUGAGGUUGGAUGGAGAUAUCAACCUGCAGCCUCCAAGUGUCAAACCAAUUUGUUUCCCAAUCGGUCCUGCUGCAAUUUUGACCCGGAAGAAGGUCGUGGUGACUGGAUGGGGAAGAACAAUAUUUCAACCUCGAAGUGCUGCAUUGAUGAUGAUUCGAAUUUCACCUAUACCGAAUGAAGAAUGUGCUGAAGUUUAUAAAAGAAGUGCAAAAAUAGGGUACAAGCAUAUGUGUGCUGGUGGAGAAAGAGGAGUAGAUUCUUGUGGAGGAGACAGUGGAGGUCCUUUGCAAAGUACUGCCUUUUAUAAAGAAACUGAUCUCAGAUACGUGCAAUAUGGUAUUGUGAGUUUUGGACACGCAAAUUGCGGAGAGGAAGGCUUUCCUGCCGUUUACACGCGUGUAGUUUAUUACUUAGAUUGGAUUUUGGAUGCCAUAAGAGAUUGAUUUUUUAUAAGAUUAUUGAUUCAUGUGUCGUGAGAUUACUCAGAAGAAAUCCAUGAAUGACGCAAUAGCUUUUUAGGCGGAGGGGUUCGAAAAAAUUUUACGAUCUGAACGUUAAAGUUCAGUCAAUAAAAUAAAAGAAUGCAAUAACGUUGUAAUAACUUCAAUAUCGGUACAAUUGGUUAGUUUAUUAAAUUUCUGUGAGUUUUGCUUUUAUAUUAAUUACUAUUAUAUAUUAUGUGUUUAUAAAUGUACAAAAAAAUAAAAUAUUUUUAAAAUCCUAAUGUGGAUAUGAGGGAAAAGUACGUAAAAUUUGUUCCGAAAUUUCAGAAUUAUAAUGAAUUUUCAUUUUUAUAAAGAAAAAUAUACCCACUUUGUCUUUAUAGAUCGGUAAAGUUGAACAUCUGCGAGUAUCAAAGAAUUUUUUUAUGACGAAAAUUCAAUAUUGUCAGAUUAGGCGAGGCGAGUGGAUGAGUUUAUUUAUUUGUACUCAUUUUAGGAGGAUUUUGCUUCUUCAUAG